AUGUGGUUCGCCGGCCGGGCGAGCGCCACCGCGCCGCUCCCCCUCCUCCUGCUGCUCCUGGUCGCCGGCGCUGCCGCCACCGACCAGAUCUUCACCACCUCAGGUCGGGAAGAACUCGCGCGAGCCGAGGUACCGCGUGGAGUUCCAUCCAGUCGAUUCGCCCUACCACCCGGCCAGGAGUCUGAACCAAUGACGGACCACGAGGGGAGACAAUACACCUGCUACCUACCAGUGGAAGAAACCAAGACCAUGAAGUCGAUUGUCCCACAGAAUGCAACCAAUGUUAUAAUAGAAAGCGAACGGAAAGUUAAGCCAAAGGAGCCAGAUGAACUGCUGGAGGUUCUCAAAGACCAGUGCUUCCUGACACAGCAUGAAGGUUGGUGGUCUUAUGAGUUCUGCUAUUAUGGAAAAAUACGACAGGUUCAUGUAGAAAAUGAGAAGGUUAUCCAAGAGUAUGUUCUAGGUGAAUAUGACCCUGAUGCAACCGAUGCUUACCAUGACAAUCACACCUCCGAGUCUGCUGAUGAGGAUCACGUGAAAGAUACUUCUAAUCAUGUCCAUGUGUACACAAAUGGAACUGUAUGUGAUCUCACAGAUAUACCGCGGUACACAGAGGUUAGGUUUGUUUGUUCUGAGCCCACUGUACUGAUCAGUUCGAUAAAGGAGAUAUCUUCCUGCAAGUAUGUUUUAACUGUCCAAAGUUGUUUCAGCAGGAAAAACGCACCUUCUUCAUCCACUGCAAUGAGUCGCUUCCCGAAGCAGAAGCUGAGCCCGCCGAGGACGACGACUCUCUCCCAAAAGAAGCUCAGAUGUCCAUCGUUCCAAACCCCGACGAAUUGCAUAACUACGCAGCUUACGCUACCUGAUUGCCCGCCAAUCACGGUGCCCCCAGCUGAUGAAAGAUACCGUUAUUUUGGAGGUUCAACAGCAAGUUGGCAACAUAGUAUAACUAUCCCCUGGCUUGGUUCUGUCUGA